CUGCCAAGGGGGAAGGACGUGUGCCCCUUUGCUCUCCUCCUCUCACAGUGGCGUGCCUCUGGGCAGACUGAACCUCCCUCUCUAUCCUCUCUAUUGACCCUAUAAACUGGAAUCCUACACUAGUAUCCUGUAGGACUCGAUAUUCAGUUGAUAUUAAGUGAUUUUUAGUAUCCUACAGUCAUUACGUAUCCUGUAGGACUUUGACAUUCCUUUUAAACUGUGGUCCCUCAGUAUCUUAUAAUCCUCACACAUCCUAUACGACUCUAUUAUCCAGUUCCAUUGAGUGAUUCCUUGAUAUCCUAAAGUUCUUACGUAUCCUAUAGGACUUUGAUUUUUUUUUCUAUUGAGUGAUUCUUUGGUAUCCUACAGUCCUUACGCACUCUAUAAGACUCAGUUAUCCUUUGCAUUAGUGACUGUAUGAUAUAUUUUACAGUUCCUCAACAUUAAAAGUGAAUCCUUGAUAUCCUUCGCUCCUUACGAAUCCCUGGGAACUGAGGGAUACCUUGCCAUCACCCUUCUCUCCUUACCCAUCCCAAAGGACUCUGGUAUAUUCCUGAAAAUUAAUAGUUAUUCCUUGGCAUCCUUCACUUACUACGCAUCCUAUAGAACUCAUAUAUCCUUAAAAGUUCCUUCGGGCAUUUUUUUAUUUCCUAAAACUCCCCAAAAAGGAAACCCUCAAAGAAUUACGAGCGUUUUUUGGUCCUAUUUUUCUUUUAAUUGGAUUCGACCUCCUUCCUCUCGCUAGUUUGUGAUUUCCCUGGAGAAGGUAUUUAUUGUCUCCCUCCCUCCUCCCUCCCUCCCUUCCUCCCUCACUUUCCUCCCUUCGUCCCUUUUCCCUCUUUCCGUCUUGUCCUCCCUCCCGCCCACGCGCCUCCUCUUCCUCCUCCGCCUCCCAUCAACAGACAAAGAAGAAAAAAAAAUAAAAGAGAAAACUAUUAGAAUUAAAGAAGAAGAAGAAGAAGGAGAAGAAGAAGAAGAAAAAGAAGAAGAAGAAGAAGACACAAAAACACCUGCAAUAUAAAACAACAACAACUACUACUACUACUACGACUACUACGACUACUACUACUACUACUACUACUACUACUACUACUACUACUACUACUACUACUACUACGACUACUACUACUACUACUACUACUACUACUACUACUACCACACCACCAACAGCAAAAUGACCACCACAACAUUUAUCAUACUACUCAUAACAACAAUCACAACAACAACAACAACAGCAUCACCAACAACAACAACACUACUACCACCACCACCACCACCACCACGAACAACAACAACAACAACAACAACAACAACAGGGACCCACCGACCUUCCUCUCUUGCUUCCUUACCCUCCACAAACACGGAAGAGGAAGAGAAGGAAUGGAUGAAGAGGAAGCAGGAGACGUUGAUCCAUGAAGAGGAAGAAGAGGAAAGACUCGUGCCAGGGGGAGUGGUGAGUCAAAGAGGCUACAGAAAUCAAGAGGAAAAAGAGGUAAUGAUGAAGGGACCCAGACAGAUCAAUGGACAAGAGGAGGAAGAAGAGGAGGAGGUAGCCCAAGAGGAAGAAGAGGAAGAGGAAGAGGGCGUAUCAGGAGAAAGAAGAGGAGAUAAACCCAGAUCAUCCGAGGAAAAUGACCAUACCCAAGAGUACCAGGAGGGAAAACAAGAGGAUCAAGAGGACAUUCAAGAGGAAGAGGUCGGAUUUAAGCAAGUGACACGUCGGGAGAAUAACAAAUCAAGCAAACCGGAGAAAUACACAAACACAGAGCAAGAGGAAAUUCAAGAGGACCAAGAGGAAAACCAAGAGUACCAAGAGGAAAACCGAGAGGAAGAGGACCUGCUGGAGGGGCUGUUACGCCGCUCCGCCCGUCACCUGAGUGGGUUCCAGGCGUGUGACGAGGCGGUGUGUGACAGCAUGGUGAGACAGGCGAGUGGGCUGGCGAGGCUCAAGAUGGUGCGGCGCUACAUCGUGGAGGCGGUGAGCACCCUGGACAGCUUGGUGACGGCCCUGGACGCCGAGCUGGUGGUGGCGGGCGAGACGCUCACACGCACACUAGGGAACAGAUGCCGCGCCGCCCACGCAGUGCUGGCCCACGUCACCAAGGGCCCAAUGGAAGCGGAUCGACUCAACGGACGAAGCAGCGCUUUUAUCUACGGACGAGACCUCCUGAACAGAUACACGUAAACACACACACACACACACACACACACACACACACACAUGUUCUCUCUCUCUCUCUCUCUCUCUCUCUCUCUCUCUCUCUCUCUCUCUUCGUGAUUUCCCCUUAGAUUUCCCUCCCCCUAAAGCAAAAGCAGGAGGAGGAGGAGGAGGAGGAGGAGGAGGAGGAGAGAGAACCUUCCCCUUCCCUCUUCCUAAUCACUCUUCAUUAUACAACCGCCUCCUCCUUCUCCUCCUCCUCUUCUUCUUCCUCACCUAACUCUUCCUCCUCCUUCUCCUUUAGGCUGUCAUCAACAUCAUCACUAUCUGCCUUGUUCAGCAUUCCUCCUCCUCCUCCUCCUC